GCUGACGUCACGUCAUGAUGCCACGUGAUCAACAUUGCCGGGGUCAUAUGAUCGUUUUAUUACGUCUUCCCGUUUACCCUCAGCUCUCUCCGAACGAGCGGCGAAUAUGGCGGAUUAUGAGGAGCGGCGGAGCCUGUUAGGGGAGGAGGACGAGGGCUCGUUCGCCGGCCGGCAGCCACCCAGAGGGGCCGGCAAACAGAUGCCCGCCAUAUGCGACCCCAGCCACCUACUGCACCGGGUGGUUGUCCUGGUUUUCAUGUGCUUCCUGGGAUUCGGAAGUUACUUCUGUUAUGACAAUCCGGCUGCACUUCAAACUCAAGUCCUCCAGGACCUGAACCUGAACACAGCAAAGUUCAUGCAGCUGUAUGCCUGGUACUCCUGGCCCAAUGUGGUCCUCUGCUUCUUUGGAGGGUUUCUACUUGACAGGGUCUUUGGCAUCAGGCUGGGAACCAUCAUCUUUUCCCUCUUUGUCUGUGUUGGACAGGUAAUAUUUGCUACUGGAGCUCUGCUGAAUCGCUUCUGGCUGAUGGAAGUUGGACGCUUUGUAUUUGGUAUCGGAGGGGAAUCAUUGGCUGUGGCCCAGAACACAUAUGCAGUCAACUGGUUCAAAGGCAAGGAGCUCAAUCUGGUGUUUGGCCUUCAGCUGAGCAUGGCUCGACUGGGGAGCACAGUGAACAUGAACAUCAUGGGCUGGGUGUAUAGCCAGGUUGCACUUAUGGUUGGAUCCACUGGAUACACUGCACUUGGCGGAUCACUCAUGAUAGCUGGUGUAACCUGUCUCUUCUCACUGAUCUGUGCUCUGGUGCUGGGAUUCCUUGAUAAGAGAGCAGAAAGGAUUCUAAACAAAGAGCAAGGGAACACAGGUGAGGUGAUUAAGCUGACUGACGUGAAAGAUUUCCCCUUCACCCUGUGGCUCAUCUUCAUCAUUUGUGUGGGUUACUAUGUCGCCAUUUUCCCCUUUAUUGGACUGGGACAGGUGUUCUUCAUUGAAAAAUUCAACUUCUCCCCAGCUGAAGCAAGAGCUGUAAACAGUAUUGUUUACAUCAUCUCAGCACCUGCAUCUCCGAUUCUGGGCUUUAUGGUUGAUAAAACGGGGAGGAACGUGGUUUGGGUGAUAGUUGCUGUGGUUGCAACACUCGCCGCUCAUAUGAUGCUCGCCUUCACCUUCUGGAACCCAUGGAUCGCUAUGUCCCUGCUCGGGGUCUCGUAUUCCUUACUUGCCUGUGCUCUUUGGCCCAUGGUGGCCUUUGUGGUACCUGAGCAUCAGCUGGGAACAGCCUAUGGCUUCAUGCAGUCCAUCCAGAACCUGGGACUAGCUCUCAUUGCCAUUGCAGCGGGGUCCAUUUUAGACAACAGAGGAUACCUGGUUUUGGAAGUGUUUUUCUGUGCCUGCAUUUGCAUUGCACUGAUGGCAGUGGUGAUGCUGUACUUUGUGGAUUAUCUCAAAGGUGGAGAUUUGAAUCGGUCUGCUGCAGCCAGGGCCAAACUCCAGAAAGAAAGCACUUCAGAUGCAGAGAUUAAAAGGCGGCCCAGUAAGCCGACAGAGGGUGAGCUUGCUAGGCUGGCACCCAUGUCUGCUUUCGGCCUGCGCAACCGCUAUCUCUCCAGGCUCGGAGCACAGCUUCCAGACCACUGCUCUACCCAUCUGUCAUCACUUGCCUACCGCAGUGUUCUGAAAUGAUGCCCGUCAUUCAACUGUCUGCCCCAGCAGUCGUGUACACUAAAUUUGGGACUGCAGGUUAAGAUGUGCACUAGAUUAAGAUGCUUCCAAAGUUUUGCUUUGUGACGGAAACUCUUGUUUUGUUUUAAACUUACACGGCUGGCUGUUCUUUGUAUUUUCACGUGACAGUUAUGGGUGCUUAUUUUAUGUCUGGGGAGUUGUUUCCCCCCUACAUUAAUUUUGUUCUGAGAUUUCCCCCACCAUUACCGCACAGUUUCUUCUAUUUAUUUAUUUUUUUCCAGUUCUUUGUAUUAUGUGAAAUGGUGUUCCAGGAACUGGAAGAGAUGCAGCUUUCUGCAAAUGACAGAGGGAGCCAGCUUCCUGACAGGCUUUCCACAUCUGGGCAAAGUAUUGCAGCUUUAUAUUAACUCGCAUCAGUGCCAGUAAUGCUAUCUUUGCCUAUUCUCAAUGUUUCUUAGGUUCAAAAGAUACCGGAGCAGUUUUGGUUGAGUGUUGUUCUUUGUGUCACCCACAUUUUUCUAAUAUUUUGAAUGUAUAUACAUUUCCA